ACCUAUUAUACAAGUUAGCAGGGCCAGCUAGAGUGCAGUGCGAUGAACGCGAAAGGCAGCCACCUCUCUCUGUACCUCCUCAGUCCAGGCCCAGGGCACACACAAGACCACUGCCGUUUCUUCCGCCAUUGUCUGAACGAGCACAACCAAGCACACCAAACUUGUCAGUCUGGUUUGACGAGCUCUUAUGUCGCUGUCAUUGGUGGAUCUUAUCCGACAAACGAUAAUCAGUCUCCGGACCAUCCCAUAUUUUGUCAAUGGCAUGCACUACCACCCGCCCACCACCACCCCACUCACCACACCUCUCCACUGGAUCGUGUUCUUGAUGUACUGACUUCCUCUGAGGGCUUACCUCCUUGUCAUGGUGAUGGAGAUGUGGGAUUUGAGGGGAUGAGUAACGAUAUACACACACUCCUGGACCACCUCCCAGCCACCACUGAGAGGUAUCGUGUGAUGGAUGUGUACUGGCUCAUCCCUGCAAUCGACCUACUACCAUCACCAAGUUCUGCUGUCAGUCUGUAUGGAGCUCUCUUGAGGCUGGUGAGAUGGUGCCACGCCCACAUACACCUGAUCACGCCCCUCUCAUCAUCAGACCCCACCUCCUCUCCGAUAGUGUGUGCAUGGAGAGACUCCCUGGGGGGUCUUAGCGUGUGCACGGAGGGAGAUUGGGAGCCACCCCCUGGUGUGAUAUGGAGGGGGCACAUUCACUGCACUGAACACAAGACAUUCAAGCAAGCCACUCACAGAACUAUCUCCUUCCCCGGUUUCAGCCUGAGGCUCUUGUCCCUGGAUACUCCAUCCACUUCCCCCACCCCCCACAAUGUCCUGGAGGGGGUUGGUCUGCAUUCUUGGGUCCAUCCCACGCACCUAGAGGUACUCCGAGUGGUUGACAUGGCAACAGUGCCGCUGUUCUGGCUAUCACCCCUACAAUGCAAACUUACUCUUAGGGAAGCUUCGUAUAGUGCUUCGUGUCAGAUGCUUCAGAGUCUCCUGACCUCCAGUGGUGAUAGUAGGAAGGCUGGUCUGAUUGUGUGCCUCUGUACAAGGUUACAUGAUCACACGCUACCAAAGUCUGCUAACAAACCAAGUCAUCAAGAGGGACUGGAAGGAUCAAGUACGGUGCCAGUGAAUCGACGAAUCAAAAACAAGACGACUGCAGAGUGGGUGGAGUUUGUACAGGGCCUCGAGGAUGAGUCAGUGAUAACAGAAUUUGAAGAUAAACCUCCCGCCCCACUGGAUGCGUACAGUACUGGGCCGCUACUGUUAGUCACACCUGCUACUUUAGUACCUAGCAAUGGAACAUUGUCAUGUGAUGCUUGGUUUCUAUGGAAACCUGGAAUGAUUGACGCCGGGUCUACUGCCCCAGAGCCAACACAAGUGGUCGAUGAUGAGGAUGGUGAAUUGUUGUCGAGUGCAACGUCAUCUGAGCUGCUCAAUGAUUUUAGCGAGAGAGUGGCCUCCCUGACUAGUGAGCUGGACAUGUCUCCCUCUGAUUGGCCGGAGGUUAGAGCGCUCAAAACGUACGAGUGGAUACAAAGGAAGAUGGUCCGACGUAUUGUCACCUCUGACCUCAUGUUUGGUCACAUGAUAGCCCCACCCCCUCGAGAGGCUAGUAUCCCAUUAGACUCUCAGGACCUUGUUGACGUCUUGAGCUGCUUCACUGACCACGGGACACCAACCACCUCUCAACUAUCACCCAUUGCCAUGAAUAGCUCCUCCAGGCUGUCCAAAGUUCAUGCUCCCGACCCUUGUCUGUCUUACAACUCUCUCAUAGCCAGCACACCUCGCAGUAAGAAACAGUACCAUGGUGUCAACUAUUGCUUGACUGAGGAGGACAGCUCCAUCGACGCUAAACUGACCAAAAUCCAGCAACGCUACCUGUUCAGUGAGAGAGUGGGUCAUUGUAACCCUGUGGUGACCCCCCAGCCAGAGAGGGCCAAGCAACAGGCACGCAGGAUGAGGGCAGGCUCUGUCACCCUCAAUACACAAACGGAACAGGAUAUGAGAGGGACCCAGUCUGUACCCCCUGAGGCAGAGAAGACGCCCGUCAAGAGAUCACCCCCUCACAUCAGGCAGCACUACACUCAGGCUAGAACUGGCGUGAGUCUACUCAAGAGUCCCGUCAUAAAAAUCACUAAGGUACAACGGAGACAGCUGGAAAGUACCUUACACAGCAACUCAUCGAUGAACGAGGAACCUGUUGGGGCAGCAGCUGUCUCCUUAAGUGUCAGUGAACCAUCUGCAGCAGCUGUCUCCCUCCCAAGUGUCAAUGAACCCUCUGCACAGUGUAGUGGUAGUGCAGGUGUUGAGAGAGAAGCUGUCCUCCGAAGGAGCCCACGCCACAAGAACAAGUGGAAGGGCGGAACAAAGGAGCACGGGAGAAAGGAGACACUGAAAUCAAAGCUCAGUCUUGAGGUGUUGGCAUCUCUCAAGAAGAGUGAGUUGCAUCGCAGUCAUCCUGCCUUCAAGAGAUGCUACUCUAAACUAUUCUCCAUCAGCAAAACAUUCUUGAAAGACAUGGCUGUCAGAGGAGCAGUUGCCCAGAAAGCAGAAAUAAGAAGAGUUGUGGAACUGAAUGUCAAGAAUGUUUUAGACUUUGAACUCUCUAAGUACAAGACAGCUUCUAGAAUAGCCUCGGACAUAAUAUUAUAAUAGCAUAUGCAUGCAAUCAUUGCAUGCCGGCAUUAUGUAAUCAUGCUAACGCUACAUUGCAAGUCAUAAUUAUGUCUGAUCAAGUUCAAAAACACUG